AUGGAGUUUAUGCAAUUGAAACAGAAUGACCUGACUGUGGAUCAGUAUGAAGCCAAGUUUGUAGAACUUUCAAGAUUCGCCCCCAGGUUGGUUAAAGACAAGGAUGAUAAUGCUAAGAGACUUCGAGAUGGCUUGAGGCUAAAUAUAAGAAGUAAGCUAGUGCCCUUGAAUCUGAAAGAUUAUAAUGAGUUGUACGAACACGCACAACUUGUGGAAAAAGAUUUGGCGGAGUUAGCAGAGACAACACUAACUUUCCAGGCACGACCUAAUCGCCAAACUUUCCAACCUAAUUUUCGUCGUGACAAGAGGCCUAUGCAAACUAGAAAGCGGCCAAUUGUCCCAAAUAAAAGGAACAAUGUUGGAGGUUUUGGAUUCACACAGAACAACCGACCGGCGAUGCAUACGCAAUCUCCUAACAAUGUCUAUCACACUUGUGGCAAGCAACAUGGAGGUACGCCAUACUCGGUUUUAAAGGAGUGUUAUUGGUGUGGACAGCGAGGUCACAUAUUAGGAGAGUGUCCAGUGAUGAAGCAACAACGUAUCACACCUCCACAACAACUGCAACAGUUAUCACAAAACAAGGCCCCGCAACAGGGAAAUUUCCAAAGACUACCAGCACAAGGUCGAGUUUAUACAGUCACACAUGAGGAAGCUGAAGCCUCCAAGACAGUUAUAUCAGGUAUCAUCUAUGUGUGCAACAAGAAUGCUUACGCAUUAUUUGAUACGGGUGCUACACAUUCAUUCAUAUCUGCACGAUUCGUGAAAUUGAUUAGAUUAAGUCCUAGACCGCUUGAAAUAUCCCUUUGUGUUUCUACACCGCUAAGAGAUACAAUUACGUCUACACUGAUAUGUAAAGACUGUAAGAUCACUAUAAGUGGACAUGAUCAAAUAGUAGAUUUGAUCGUACUGACUAUGUACGACUUCGAUGUUAUUCUGGGAAUGGAUUGGCUUCGUAAGCAACGAGCCAACGUGGACUGCUAUCGGAAGAUAAUCUAG